AUGGGAGGGAAUAAAGUCGUAUUGUUUGUGCUGAUUACUGCUAUGAAUUACAUUUGCUCAGCACAUCAAAAGGCGCUUAGAAAUGGUGUAAUAACUAUCCAAGAUGAUGAUGAAAGUGGCGCCAACGAGAAUGAUGAAACUAUUAAUGGUGAUAAUAACAAACAAGAUGACAGUUCCACAUCAGCUGAAGCUUUACCAGCAACAGAAACACUCAUUGAAAUAGAUGACAGGGCAAGACCUUUAACUGUUGGUGAUAUUUUCACUACAUCAGAGUUGCUACCAGUAGCAGAAAAACUCAUUGCGAAAGUUGAAAAUCCAGGAAUGGGAAAAGGCAUCGUUAGUUCAUCCAAGAGUCCCCAACAUUUGGCGGACAAACUUUUUGAACAAUUCUUUUUAACAAAUAAGAGGAUCGUAACGCUAAGUGCUUUUGAUAUAAGUGGUUUAGAUGCUCUACAAGCACUAGCUCUCAGCGGAGAAGCUGCGUACCUCAGAUCUUAUAUUGAUUCAACUGUCGAACAAGUAACUAUGAUUGAUUAUAAAGGUCAGAAUAUUGCUGUGAAUACUGAACCAAAGAAAAGUAAAUAUCGAUUGUUGCUAAAGAAUGGGAAACCCAAGUUGAAGAAAAAGAUAGCUUUUCAAAAAAGAAAUGAAGAUUUAGUUAAAGAAGCAAAAGCAAAAAAUCUACUGAGAAUGGCUCUGAAGGUGGUACAAGAUUCUAGAAACGGUACACUCAAAAAAGGACCUAUCAAAAUUAAUGCAACGAACAGAUCUAAAGUAAAUAAUAUAAAGAAAGAUAUCAAAGGGAAUCCCAAAGGACCAUCAAAAAGUAAACUUAGAACCAAUAAAGUUACAUCUAAGGCAACUGCUCAGGAGCUAAAAGGAGGGAAACCUAAAGGACCACCAAAACCUAAACUGAGCACUAAUGAAGUUAAUUCUAAAGUAGAUGCACAGAAACCAAAAGAAGACAAAAUUAAGAAACCCUUGUGCACCUGGAAGUACGUGUGCUCAGAUCCGUCCGAGUUGGACAGUUGUAAACUUCAAACCGAGUGCAACAAACAAUAUAGGAAGGACGCAAGGAAAGACUCCAUCGAUGUUGGCAUUACUCUCGUAGAUGAAGAAGUAGAAAAAAUACUGGAGACUCGAGUUAUAAAUCUGAGGCCGUCUAAAGGAGGACAGGAGUUGGAGCGACUCGAGUCUUUGGCUGAAUACUUCAAUAACAUCGUUAUGGCUGAAGCUUUGAAAAGAGAGACGACAACUCCAUAUAAUGAAGAAUCCACUUAUCCUAUGGAACCUAGUGGAGACGAAUCUAAUCGAAAGGGCAUCGGUGAUGAAGAAAUCACGUAUUCAGACAGUGUCAGAAGAAUUUUAAAGAAGCCUGUUCGAUCUAAAGCCAACACAACACCAAAAAGAGCAAUCACUUAAAAAUUAAAAUUAUGAUUACAGAAAUAUUUAUUUUGCAAAAUUUUGUUUUCGUACGAUGUACUUACCUAAUUUUUACGCUUAAGUUUUUUCAACGAAGUCGAUUUAUAAUUGAGUCCCCCAUAGAUGCGUUAUUAUCGGUCGAUAUUAUCGGAUCGUUAUUGUUGCUUAUAUCUGUUUAAGUACAUUUUGCAUUAGGCCGAAGCUACACACUGCUGCGAUAAUAACGACGCAAUAGAAUUAUGACGAAAUAACGCAUCCUAUAUUAUCGACGAAUUAUGACGCGCCUAUGGGCUGGGAAUUGUAAGUCAAGAUUCAAGGAGAAUUGUACUCGCUAAGAAUAGGUUAGAAACUUUUACUUUAUGUGUUAUUGCGAAACAAUAAGUGCACCAGUUACAAAUCUAAUGGUCGUAGUGAAAAGGUGAAAGGUUACACGCGCCAGCUGCACAAUGAGGAGGCUCGUUUGAUUCUGCAAAGUGGGCCCGGGGACGAGGCCAGCUCACAACAAACCAUAAAAGGCGUCCCGGAAUCAAAUGACACCAUUCAGCCACUCGCCACCCAGACCAAUGGCUAUUGGCUUUGCGCAACUGCCUUACUUUUAUUGUGCGGUCUUUUAGAACUGUUGUUCUGUAGUAACGAACCGCUAACUUAAACUGAGUAGAUAUCAAGAUGUACAACUUUUUUCUCAAGACUACGAUAAGUUGCUAUCAAAGUACUUAAUUGAAAUGUUUGUCACUUAUAUGUCUGCACUUUGAUAAUUUUGUUUGAUUUGUAUACAUACACUGGAACUUAGAUAAAAAGUUCAUCAACAGCCUAUCCUAGUCCACUGCUGGACAUAGGCCUCUCCAAUUGCACGCCACUCAGAUCGAUCUUGGGCUACUCGCAUCUAGCUCCUGUCAGCCACCUUGCGCAAAUCGUCACUCCAUCGUGCCUGAGGACGCCCUACACUACGUUUGCCUAGACGCGGUCUCCAUUCCAGAACUGGUCUACCCCAACGGUUAUCGGUUCUUCGCCAAAUAUGGGCAGCCCACUGCCACUUCAACUUGCUAAUCCGGUGGGCUAUGUCGAUAACUCUGGUUCUCUGUCGGAAUACCUCAUUUCUGAUGCGAUCCUUCAGAGAAACGUCGAGCAUAGCCC